AUGUGCCAAUUGUUGGGACACACUGCAAAGUACUGCAAAAACGAGCCUAUUUAUGUCAACUGUAGCCUCCCUCCACAUAGCAACAGCGCAUGCAUACGUACUAAGUGCGCAAAUUGUCAGGACGAACAUCCCUCCAAUUCUAACAAAUGCACCAAGUUCAUACAACAAAAGGAAAUUCUGAAAAUUAAAAUUCAGCAAAAAUGCACACUGAAGCAAGCUAAAAAUAAAUACAUAGCACAGCUACCCCAAACCUCAUCCCCAUCAUCUUUUGCUGGCGUUGUCAGUAACGCAGCCAAUGUACCCCUCAAAGUACAAUCAACCUCUCUUACCCCCACUGAUAACAUGCAAUCAACAACAUUAAAAACAAACCACAUAGAUAAUACGUUACCCACUCCACAUAUUACUCCAAAAGUGAGCAACAAAUUCGUCCUUAAAACUCCUAAACCUAUAGUCACAGAAAACGAACUAUCGGAGUCCAUAUGCAACAACACAAACACUUCUGUCACCACUAAGAGUUUUCCAUCGUCAGCAACCGCGAGCAACGAAGCUAGCCCGGCACAACCAACCCCAUUUUUAAGUUUCUCGCCAUUUACUAGCCUUACCAAGCAGCUUUUGAAAAAUAACAAUUAUUUCACUUCACAAUCUACAUCACUAGACUCAGAUGUAGAUAUUUCCUAA